CCGACAGAACAAGUAAGGACCGGCUGCGACACGAGGAAGAAGGCCCCUUGCCAAACCUGGUGCUUUCUUUCCCGGGUUUCCUCGCUCCGCAGCUGGGUAACCGGCGACUCCGAACAUCUCUUCCCACGAGGGACGGGAACUGGGCAGUGAUGGCUGAGGUGAAGGUGAAGGUACAGCCACCCGACGCGGAUCCCGUGGAAAUAGAAAACAGGAUUAUAGAAUUAUGUCACCAGUUCCCUCAUGGAAUCACAGACCAAGUAAUUCAGAAUGAAAUGCCUCAUAUAGAAGCCCAGCAGCGGGCAGUGGCCAUCAAUAGACUGCUGUCCAUGGGUCAGUUGGAUCUCUUAAGGAGCAAUACAGGCCUUCUGUAUAGAAUAAAGGAUUCUCAGAAUGCUGGCCCUGUCUCAUUCUUUUUAAGUAAAAUGAAAGGAUCAGAUAACCAAGAAAAACUGGUAUAUCAAAUCAUAGAGGAUGCAGGAAAUAAAGGAAUAUGGAGCAGAGAUAUCCGAUACAAAAGUAACUUGCCAUUAACAGAAAUUAACAAAAUUCUAAAGAAUUUGGAAAGUAAAAAGCUUAUCAAAGCUGUUAAGUCUGUGGCAGCCUCAAAAAAGAAAGUAUAUAUGCUCUAUAACCUGCAGCCAGACCGGUCUGUGACUGGUGGAGCCUGGUACAGUGACCAGGAUUUUGAAUCAGAAUUUGUAGAGGUGCUUAACCAACAGUGUUUUAAAUUUCUACAAACCAAGGCAGAAACAGCACGAGAAAGCAAACAGAAUCCAAUGAUACAAAGAAAUAGUUCAUUUGCCUCAUCACAUGAAGUAUGGAAGUACAUCUGUGAAUUGGGGAUCAGUAAGGUAGAAUUGUCCAUGGAGGACAUUGAAACUAUCUUAAAUACACUCAUUUAUGACGGGAAAGUAGAGAUGACUAUCAUCGCUGCAAAAGAAGGCACAGUUGGAAGUGUGGAUGGACACAUGAAACUGUAUAGAGCAGUCAAUCCUAUCAUCCCGCCCACAGGUUUGGUCCGGGCCCCCUGUGGACUCUGCCCGGUUUUUGACGACUGCCAUGAAGGUGGUGAGAUUUCACCAUCUAACUGUAUUUAUAUGACAGAGUGGCUCGAAUUUUAAGAGAGCUAGGAACUUUACUGACAUUUUGCAAAUGAAGUUACUUUGAGAGCAAAUAAUUUAAUUCGUGAUGGAACAUCAAAUACCCUUGAAAGCAAACUUCACAAUAAUGGAUAGACUAGCUGCUAUGAAAAAAUAUUUUUUUAUCUAUGAAGACUAAAUUUAUAAUGGUAGAGUAGCCAAUGGAAUAUGAAGCAGGUAAGGCUAAUACUGAAAUCCAUUCUUCGAUAAAUACUUAGAACUUCUGGAAGACCACCUUCUGAAGCCUUCAAGACUUGUGAUGGUUCAUGGAAAAAGAAGCCAAUAAAUCUAAAUUUGCCAAAUACUAUGAUAAUGGCUAGAGCUUAAAAACGCCCUUUUCCAAGUUAGUUAUUAAGAUCUUCAUUGGAAAUUUUUUACAUCUACUUCACUAUUGCCAUUUGUUUUCUCUUUCCUCAGUGGUUUCAUUGAGAAGUAAUUAAAAGUGAUGGGGCAGGAAUAGCACUUAGGGAAGAGUGGGGAAGAGAAUGGAACAUCUCUUUUCUGCACAUUAUUAAUUCCUUAUGUCAGAAAUAUUAUUUCAGAGGAUUAUGCCUUUGUACUUACCUCAAAUGCAAAUGAUGACUAUUAUCAAGGAUUUUUAGUGCAUAGUUAGAUUAUUCUCAUCUUCAAGAGAAUGUUUUCACUGAUCCUUUGUUAAAGUCUUCCAAGUUUCAUUCUGUGGUUCAAUUGUAUUAUUUGCUAGAACUGUCCCAUAAUCCAUAACCCUCCAUUCAUACUUCAUUGUGAGCAGGAUACCAUUCUUCUUUUCUUGUCCUAUUUUAGAUUUGUUUCCUUAUUCUCUUCUAAAAUCAUGGUGUAAUUAGUCUAGGCUAAGCAGAAAGCCAUUAUAAUUGUUCUCAGUUCUAAUAGUACUUCCAGUCCUAAUCGUUAGCCAUAGAGAAAACAUUAGGUUAUUCAGUGUACUGUUGAACAAAAGUUAGCUUUUUAGGAUCUCAGCUAUUGUAUUUUCACUUUGUACCUCCACUCAGUGAUUUCUGUGUCCAAGCCAAAAGUAUGGGACCAAGGGAAAGGAAUUGAAGGUCAGCUACUACUGACACCGGAGUUCAACUACCAGUUUGGAGAUUCUCCAAGUGGGCAACCAUCAGAAGGGUAACUUUGAGAUAAAUGGGAUCAAUAAAAGGAAAUCAGCUCAGUAACGAACUAAGAACCAGAUGGAGUUUGUGGCCAGCUCUAUAAAAUAGCAUUCGAUGACACCAGCACUUUGAAACAAGGAUCAUUUCAAGUAUUAAAUAUAUAGAAGAUACAGAAGAAUCUAGGAGCCUGAAACUACACAAGCCUUUCUCUUCCACCCCCAAGGAAAGCUAGAAUAGUAAGAACAUUAUUUGUCCUUCUUGGAACCUGGCCUGUCACAGAGGCGCUAGUCUUAUUUAAUGAGAAAACUGAAGUUGGGGGGAGAGGCAGAUGUAGGGAGAAGGAAGCAGUUCAUGUAUUAACUACAGAUUUUGUAUUAUGUCUUGAUAGCCAAAGAUUGGUUUUUAAAGCUUACAAUCAAAGGCUACAACAAAAGUUCAUUGACUCACCAGAAUAAAGAGACCCUUUAAAUGGUUUUCCCAUAGCAGGUCUUUCAUUCUGAAUAUUAACUGAAGGAGAAAAGAGACAAUAGUUUAAAAAUAUAGCACCUCUGAGGGCGCCUGGGUAGCUCAGUCAGUUGAGCAUCCAACUUUGGCUCAGGUCAUGAUCUCGCAGUUCUUGAGUUCGAGCCCCACUUCGGGCUCUGUGCUGACAGCUAAGAGCCUGGAGCCUGCUUUGGAUUCUGUGUCCCACUUUCUCUGCCCCUUCCCCACUCAUGCUCUGUCUCUCAAAGAUAAAUAAACGUUAAAAAAAACCAAACAACAGCAGCUCCGAUAUAUAGUUAAAUAGAUAUUUACCCACCAGAAGUAAACUUUGACCAAAACAAAUUAUGGGGCUCUAGACUCAUGACACCAAAAAAAAUUAAAAAAAAAAAAAUCAAAUUGUGGUGAAGUCCUAAUCCUUACAGUUGAUUUCCAUUUAGUAUAAGAUAUUUUGGUCACCUGAGAAGAGAUACACCCUGAAGUCUGUCAUGGCCCUUCUGUUCUGCUUACUAAUGAUCAUAGGGAGUCAGACAAUCCUGAGAGACCGUGAUUCAGUGGUUUAAAUGGAUAGUUUAUGUGGCAUUCUUCUAUAAAAUUCCUCUGAGCUUCGUUUGAUGAGGAGUAAAUUUUAUGAGCCAUGAUUUUUAUGGUGAUCAGCUGAGUAAAAACUAGUCAAACAAGUAAUUUCAAGUUGAGUGACUUUUACUUUGAACUAUUACUCAUUAUUAGAUUGUGGGUAAGGGAAGAAAAUACAUGCCCUAGAUUACUGCUGCUGGACAUUUUAUAGUGACAGUAUUCCACAUCUGCUGUUCAGUAAAAGUACCCACUUGUCACUUCGUGACUGUUAAGACUUGAAUGAAGAAAUGAAUUCAAUUUGUGGCUACCUGUGGUUACUGGCUACCAUAUUAUAUAGCACAAUCCUUACAGUCACGUAGGUCUAUGUUAAUUAUAGGAAUGAAGGAUAUCAAAAGUAUUUCUCACUUGUAUGUAUUUUUCUGUGGAGAAAGAGGACAAAAUAUUAUUAACUGUUAUUUGUAGUGUAAGUUUGUAAUUUUUUGAAAAAGGACUUCAGAAAACAAGGCCAAGAGUAAGUAGAACGAUUACUAAUUCCACACAAUUCAAAUAGAAUCAAACUUUGGUUAUAGACUUGGUCAAAUCAAACAUCUUUAAGAAAAUUACUACUCAAUUGAUUUAUCUAAUUUGCUUCUCACUAACAUGUCAAAUGAGUUGUUUUAAACAUAGUCAUUUUAAUUAUAAAAGUAAUACAUGUUCACUACAACAAACUCAAUCCCCAGGUGUACAAAAUAAAAAGGAGACUUCCUUCACACUGUACCUAAAAUUCCCAUUCCCCAAAGAUAACUGCUAUUAAAAGUUUAGAGUCUUUCCAUUUUUUCUUUGAGCACAUUUAGAAGCCAAGACUUUUCAGGUUAAAAUGGUGGCUUUGAAUCUCCUGUAGACAUAAAUAGUGAGUUAAUUCAUAUUUUUGCAGCAAACAUAAGGUUCUGUAACAUGUACAAAGUCACUGGAAAUUGUUUUGAGUCAAUACUUAGGGAUUGUAACAGCCAAAAAAUAUUGGAAAGAAAAAACAAUUUUUUUGAAGGAGUAUGAUCAGAAGAAAAGUGGAAUGAUGCUUGAAAGUGAGCUAACGGAACAUAGAAUUUAAAAGGUAGAACUCUUUACAGAACAAAAUUUGAAGUAUGGAAAGAUUACUUAGAAUUUUAUAACAAAAUCUAAAUUGUUCCCAUGAUUUCAUCCUUUGACAUAAUUCAUUUUUCAGGCUUAGAGAGAAUCAUUUGAAGCACCUGGAUAAGUUAAUUCCUAAUGGCAGAGGUCACAAAUGGGCGGCUUGGACUUUGUGUGUCUUGCAGUGUUUGUACAUUUUUUAUUUACGCCGUCGUUGUCGACUUAUGUAAUCCAUAUGUACAUAUAUUGGGCAUAAUUCAUAUACAUAUAAACUGUGUAUAUAAACAUAUAGUCCCUAGAUAUGAAAACCACUGCAUGAAGUUUUUCCCUCAAAAAAUCAGAAAAUUGGCAACACCCUGCUACCUUCCCAGAUGGCAACGAUUUAGAAAGGGCACGAGUUCUCCAUGCUGCCCAAAUUCCCACCACGCUGGUCUAGCACACAUCUGGUUGGCUAUGCUGACAUAUUUGUACAGGCUGGGCUUCUGUUCCCUGCCCGACCUGGCAGACCCAACUCUUAGAUCCAUAUGUAUCCCUCUCCCUCAACAUGUUUGAAGGACUUGGGCAGGGGUCAAAGAUGAAGGCCCCAGUCUGGGUUUAAUGUCUUGGGCCAGCUCAGAACAGCUAGUGUUUUGAGCUCUAAGCCAACACUCUGGAUCUUUAGUCGUUUUCCUCACCCCACCCCACGCUGCCAACUAGAAAAAGGUUCAUUUCAAAGAGGAGUACAACUCCUACAACAUACACAAACUAGUUUUAAUGUGAACUGGGAAUCAGGAAAGCUGGAUUCCACUUCUAUCUUACUCACUUUGGACAGAUAAAGGUGGUUAAACUGUCCUUAUGUCCCUGAUCAAAUGAGAAAAAUACUGCUUUAGUUCAUGGCAGUUUGUGAAAUAGAAAUCCAAUGGAAAAUGGAAACGCAGUUUGUAACUUAGUUUGAAUAUUGAACUUCUGGGUUAUUUUUCCGGAACUUUGAUCUGUUUUAUGUGUCUACUAAUCAUCUCAUAAUAGAUAAUUUUUAUCUAUUAAUAACCUGAUCAUUGCUCUACCCCUACACUGGAAUGUAAAAUAGCAGAAGUAAUCCUACCUAUGCUGGUACUUUCAGCAUAGACUUUACCACGCUAAUCAGUUCAUGAAACUCCAUAUUCUGAAAGUGGCCACGGUCAGUGAAUCUGUACAAUUUGGCUUCCAACCUAUCAGCCACUUCUUGUUGUUCCUUCCAGGGAAGGAAAGGAUCAUCAGUGGAGCCAAACUGCACAAUGUAAGGGCAGUUGGCUUUGAUCUUCUCCCACUGCCAGGGACGGCUGAAGUAUCCUAUGGGAAAAAAAUACACAUAUAGCCUAUUACCGCCCAUGGAUAAUUCCCAUUCUAGCCAUGGUAAAAUAUCUAGUGAAGACCAUAGCAGACACACAGAAUCCGAGCCUGUGAGUUACAAGUCCAUUAGUUUUCAAAUCCGUAGGGCUUAAUACCAUAGCUAUUUGUGAAGGGGUGUAUGUGGCUCAGAUAAAAUCAGGCCUCUAGGGUUCAAUGCAUUAGAAAAUGGUCUAUCACCUCUCAAAGGGUCUAAUUUGUAAAAAAGAAGGGCAGCAAAUGUUUCUCAUCUGUUACGAGAGGGUUUUUUUAGCCUAUUCAAAAGCCAGUACUGUUUAACCUGAACAGGUAGCCCUGUGAUUAGAGGAAGGGCUUUUCUGAAUUGGUUUCAAACUUACCACUGGCACGCUCAUUUUCAUCCCCCAAGUCAGAGGUGUAUGCAGACACUAACACAAUAGCAUAUACUCGGUGUGUUUCUGCAUACCUGGAGAAAGAGAAAUGAUGUCAACUAAUACUUAAUGUUAAAUCUGAUUGCCGAAAAGUAAAAAAAGAAACAAAAACAAAAAAACACAUGAAAACUCAUUUGAUCUAGCUUACAGAAAACAAGUGCUGUUGAGGCUAAUUUAAAAAAAGUAAGGAAACUACAGAACUCCAAGCCCAGUGGUUAAUAAAUUACCCUUGGCUACUUGAUGAGUUUCUACUUAUUUUUCAAGGUAGUCCAAACCUCUUUGGUAAUCCUUUCAAAAAAAACAAAAAGUGGGGGCAACUGGAUGGCUCAGUCGGUUGAGUGUCCAACUUCGGCUCAGGUCACGAUCUCGCGGUUCAUGAGUUUGAGCCCCACAUCAGGCUUGCUGCUGUCAGCCUGUCACAGCAGAGCCUGCUUCAGAUCCUGUCCCCCUCUUUCUGCCCCUCCCGUGAUUGCACUCUCCCCCCCCCCCAAAAUUUUUUUUUUAAGUGUAAUCAUUCUCUUUGAUGUGCCUAUUAACCUACCUUCAGUAUGCAUCAGCAUUGCUUGGUUGGUUAACAUGUAGAUUCAGUCCCGGAGCAUCUGAUUCAAAGUUGGUAUGAGGCCCAGGGAUCUGCAUUUUAAGGCAUGACACCUCCCCCCCAACCCGGAUGACUAAUACAAGUGAUCUGUGAACCGUAUUUUAAGAAAUACUGUACCAUAGCGGAAAUGUACCUCUUUUGCUGCACAUUCCACAUUGUAUUGUAUUACUCUUUGCGUUGUAUUAUAUCUGUCUUCCCCAAUAAACCUUCAGCUCCUUAA